AUGAAAUACUUUUUUUGUAUGAUUUUUUCAGAAGAUUUUCUUUGCUUGUCUUUUAUGUCGUCUAAGACUGUUGCCACAUUCUUAAAGAACAAAAAAUGUGAAAAUUUAAAAAAACUGGGUGUUAAAACGUACUCUUAUUUAAGUGUCUUAAGAAAAACAUUUGUUUUUAUAUACUUUCAUUAUUGUGAAUUGGAAAUUCUUCCUAGGAUUAAACGGUUCUAA